AAGGGAAUCCUCAUAGAAUAGGUCUACGACAUAGUGCAAUUGGAAAUCUGUUUCAAAUCAUGCGACUUCUUCUCAGUCAACCGUUUCACUGGCUUUUGGCUUUGGCAGCGACGGCUUCUGCGUCGUCUUCUGUCGAUUACACUCGGUAUGUAAAUGCUCUGAUGGGGUCAGAAGGCCCUUUUCCGGGCAAAGGCUACGGAGGAGGCGACAUCUUCGUUGGCGGUGCGCGACCCUUUGGAAUGGUCAAAAUGGGAAUAGACACGACGGCCGCAAACUGGAGCAUCGCGGUGCUGAACGGCGGAUGGACGCCUGACGGCAAUGUGACCGCGAUCACCAUGAUGCAUGAAAGCGGGACAGGAGGUUCUCCGAAAUAUGGGCUCAUUCCGCAGAUGCCUCUGACCAGCGUGGCGCCUCCUGUGAAUAUCCUGGAUAAUCUCACGUACAGUCAGUCCAGAGUCGGUCAGGAUACGGCCAGCGUAGGCUAUUACAAAACCCAGCUGCAGAACGGUGUUCAGGUGGAGCUGUCUGCUUCCAGUCACGCCGGUAUUGUUCACUACUCGUUUCCUCAGGGCGAGAAGCAUGUGCUCGUGGAUGUCUCUCACUAUUUGCCCGCUAAGCCUGGGGCCACAAAUGGCCAAUACUAUGUUGGCGGAGAGAUCAAAAUCGAAGACAACGGUAGGGCUUACAGCGGUUAUGGGACUUACAUGGGAGGAUGGAACAAUGGAGCUCCCUUCACAGCCUAUUUUUACGGAGAAUUUUCCGAAAAGCCUACAAUGGCUCGGACCUUCACUGGAGCAAAUACAGAGCCCAUACCACGAUACCAGACUUUCGUUGGUGAGAUAGGAGAGCCAAUAUACGGUAACAUAUCGGAUAAGGCAACAUCGGGACCCAUGAAUGAGCGUGUUGGCGCUCUUUUCAGCUGGGACGAGAAGGCAAAACCAGAGGUCACCUCCCGAAUUGGUAUCUCGUUGAUAUCGGCCGACAGGGCUCGGUCGUAUAUCAGGUCCGAGAUUCCCUCGUGGAGACUCAAUGACACCGUCCAAGACGCAGUUGACCAAUGGAAUAAGGAGGUCCUCGGCAAGAUCCAGGUGCCACUUGACAGUACUGCAAACAUGACCGACGUGCGGCUGCUCUACAGUUCCCUGUAUUUCAUGCAUCUGAUGCCCUCUAACCGGACUGGGGAGAAUCCGCUCUGGCAGUCGGAGGAGCCGUUAUGGGAUGACUUUUAUACUAUGUGGGACAUCUUCCGCUGCACCGUGAGCUUCUAUCAUAUCUUCCAGCCUACCUAUUAUGAAUCCAUGAUCCGAGGUCUCAUUGACAUAUGGAGACAUCAAGGCUUCCUACCUGAUGGACGCUCGGGCAACUAUAACGGACUGGUCCAAGGGGGCUCUAACGCGGACAAUGUCCUCGCCGACGCGUACGUCAAAGGAUUGCGCGGCGCAAUCAACUGGACAGACGGGUACGCAGCGAUGAAGACGGACGCUGAAGCCAUCCCGUACAAUACCUUUGAUCCUAAGGAUCUAUCUGCGAGCACCAAGGAGGGCCGAGGGGCUUUGGGAGACUGGCUUGAGCUGGGCUAUGUCUCUCAGGAUCGGAACACACGCUGCAUCUCGCGGACGGUCGAGUACAGUCUCAAUGAUUUUGCCUUGAGCCAGGUAGCCAGCGGGGAGAUGCCUGGUGAACGCGAAAAAUAUCUGAACAGGUCAGCCGGUUGGCAAAAGCUGUGGAAUCCCAAAGUGGAGAGCUUGAACUUCACUGGCUUUCUAGCCCCGAAGUUCUCGAACGGCACGUUCAACAAUAGCGGAUAUGACCCAAUGUAUUGUUAUGAGUGCGAGUGGCAUUCGUAUAGUUAUGAGGGCGUACCAUGGGGUAAGUGCAAGCGCAGUAUCCGUCCUGAGGUCCGUACUGAUCAUGGGCUUCAGAGUACUCCUUCGUGAUUCCGCAUGACAUGGAGACUUUGAUCGACUUUAUGGGCGGUCCAGCCACUUUUGAGGCCCGGCUAGACACUAUG